GAAUUCACAGACUGGUCCCAUGUGUGUGACCACUGCGUGUAUUAUUUACAUUUACUUCCCGAAAGUUUACCCUGGGCCUUGGAGUUACCCUGCUAUGAUGUGUCUCGUUGAAUCCUUCUGAGAAGUGAAGGACCACAUUCCUAUGACAACUCACCAUGACGUCUCUCAUCGCUCGUUCUCAAGAGUACCUGAGUUUUAGAAGUACUGUUUCAUUGAGAAAAGUGGCAGUUGAUGAUGAUGACAGUAAGUACUGGACAGUGUAUGACGUGGGGCCCCGUUGCGUCAAAUGCCCUGUCAUCUUCUUUCCUCCCGUCAGUGGAACGGCAGACAUCUUCUUCAGACAGAUGCUUGGUCUAUCCGCCAAAGGCUACCGAACUAUCUCACUUGAAUACCCUGUUCAUUGGACACUGGAAGGCCUGUGUAUCAGCUUCAGGAAACUGUUAGAUCACAUGCAGCUGGAUAUGGUCCACAUAUUCGGCUCCUCGUUGGGCGGUUUUGUGGCCCAGAAGUUUGCCGAGUAUUCCUACCGUAGUCCCCGGGUCAUUUCUCUUAUUCUGUGCAACACGUUCAUCGACACGGAAGUCUUCCAGCAGACUGGUGCGGCUCCAACGUUUUGGAUGAUUCCGGGAUUCCUUCUGAAGAGGAUGGUACUGAACAACUUCAGCCGUCAGCAGCACGACAUGGACAUUGCCAAUUCAAUUGACUUCAUCGUGGAAAGGCUGGAGUCGUUGAGCCAAUCAGAUCUUGCCAGUAGACUGACCAUCAACUGUAUGAGUUCCUAUGUUGAACCCCAGAAACUGCAUGCACUGGACAUCACCCUUAUUGAUGUGUUUGACGAAUGUGCAAUCUCUCAGCUAGUCCGAGAGGAGACUUACAAGUGCUACCCUGACGCCAAGCGAGCCCACCUCAAGAGUGGGGGCAACUUCCCUUACCUCAGUCGGAGUGACGAGGUCAACCUUCACAUUCAGAUUCAUCUGUUGAAGUACGUUCAGUCCCGUUACGACGCCCGGUCCCCACAGGAGGAGAUAACCAUCUCUAGCGUCACCAAGGAGACAGGAAGCAAUGGCGACAGUCGCAAGGAUGUGGAAGAUAAUGGAGAGAGUGCUGAGGAGGUAGGGGGCCAUGGAGACAGUACCAGGGAAGCCACAGACCCGUUCGGCCUGAAGCCAGAAGUCUCAUCCACAGAAAAAUACUCAAGCGAUAAUAAGGAGGAAGGCCUUUGAAUAAGUACACAUUUCUGUGCCUGCUCAUAAGCAGUGUCCCCCCAUACACACAUGCAUUCCAUAUUGGCCUGGGCUAUCAGACCAUGACACUGGUACCGGUGAGAUCCAACUGGUGGGGGUGUAAGGUCAUGCAUUACAAGGGUCUUUGCUGUAUGAAAGCUUGUCGUGGUGGUAUAUGAGAAAGUCCGUGACUAGUGUCCUGAAACUUUAAGCCACUGGCUAAUAUAAUAGGAGGAAGUCUGGUUUUGCGAUUGGAAAGCAAUACGUGUACAUGAGCCUGAAUUAACAGUUGUAUAUGUAAAGUGUAAAUAACAAUUUCAACAUGUAUAAUUAACAUUUAAUUACUUUGUCAAUGCACCUUUGAAAAAUGAAAUACUUUAAUAUUGAGCAUUGUGUGCAAGUCCUAUUUACACAUUGCGGCAAAUCUUUUUAGCCCCAUUUUCUUUUAUUAAUAAUGUACGUUUGCAUUAUUUUGACAUGCUGUUUAAUUAGAGUUUAAUUAUUACAAACUCUUUAUCUUAUUUGCAUCUGGAAAAGCAGAUCCUAACUAUGGGACCAAGUACUCCUAACCGACAGUAAGAAUUACCAGGAAUCUCCAAAAUAGUGAAAAGAAAGGUUUCAAACGUUUUGGUUGAGAACAUUUUAAUAUGAAAACUGAGGACAUCUGCAUUUUCUUAUUUGUUGAUAAUUUUGUUCUUCCACUCAGCAUCAAAGACAUAGACAUACGUACGGACAGCAGUACUUCUAUGACCUCUCCUGAUGUCCAAAGGUUAAUGGUUUUUUGGAAAGACAAAAUUAAAUGCAUUUUGAAGUUGCCCCUUCUCUUUUUAGAAUGUUUUUGCUAUGAAUAUGGAAUGGGUUGCUAUUAUGGUUACCUAGGGUUUACUUCCAUCCACCCCAGGCAGAAGUGCCCCCUCGUCGUUUGAAAAGAGCCGCAUUGAUCAGGAGUGAUUAGUUUGUUGGUAGUGAUGCCACCGUAAUGCGUGCAUUUCCAAGAUGUUUAUGAACCAGUAAAGUUCAGUGCAGACCAAAGGAGCCUCUGUUGCUAAGAAAAUAGCACCCUCUCUUGGUCCAGCUCAAGGCCAAUAGGGUACCAGUUCCCAUACUAUGCGUAAAUGCAGAUCUGUACAAGUGGCCAAUAGUGCAUUUCCUUUAACAUUUCCUUUAACAGUUAAGCUCAACUGGCCUUAUUCACAUGACCACCAUGUUGAAUUGAAAGCGAGGAUAGUUUUUACUUUGGGAACCUGAAAAUGAAAGCAAUGAAAUAAAAAGUCAUCACAAAUCAGUGUCAUUUUUGCUGAGGAAUAAUUUAAAAUUUGUUAUUAAUUAUUUCUAAAUGUUUUAAUCACAUUUAAAACAAAAAACAAAGUGAGGCAUGGAACCCAAAAUAGUCUGGCACCACCCCAUUUAAUAGAUUGCAUUGAAUUAGAUUCUGAGAACAUGUCAAAAAAUGUCGGGCUUCCCUAUAAAUAGAGUCUGUAUUGAUAGCCACUGUGUGUUCAUUACAAAUCAAGACUGGAUGGCAGACCUUCGCCUGUAUAAAGUGAAAAAGUUGUAUUUUUCCCUCUGCCAUUUCCUGGCAAUUUCUUAAAUUUUCCUUAUUGCUUUGAAUUGGAGGACGUGUCACCCCGGCAAUCUGGCUAUCUGUAUACACAGGCACAGCUGAUGGGUUAAAAUGUCAAGCAUGUCUCAACUCACGGCUUCCCAAUUUGUUUUCUACACACACACAAAUGUAUUGUGCUGUGCAUGGCUUGUGUUCUGGUGGCAAACAGCACUUUGUGAGUGCCCCAAAAUACUGAAAAAUAUCAGGUCGUGGCUCGAAGUAGGCAAAUUCUGGUCAGAUGACUGGUGCAAAUCAGCAUUUGUGGCAUUUUGCUGUAUAUGUGUAUCAAACUUUAAAUGAUAUAUUUUGUCAAUAUUUGCAGCCAAAACUAUUACCCUCUAGGAAGUGGUUAUCACCUUCAAAGUUAAAGUGAAGAGCAUUCUAUCAAGGGUGAAUGAUUUAAGAAAAAAAAAUCCUCUGAUGCAUUUGGUGGGAAGGCUUUUUAGGUACCCCUCCCCCAUCGUUAUCUAAGUAUAUGAAUUACUUGGAAAAAUGCAACUUCUUAAUGAAUGACGUUAUAUAAGGGAUAUAUUCUUCCUGCAGCAAAUUUCUAAGUAACAGCCCGGAUUUGCUGUAAAACAAGGAACCUGUUUAAAUGUAUUGUAAUGUGCUUAGUAACUAACAGUGCAUGCGAGGCAGUGUCACAAAAACAAAAAAACUUGCUGCUUAUAGGCUGUAAACUGUAUAUUCAGAGCAAAGGUAUACUUUCAAUAUUGUUUUAAAAAUCCAAUUUUGUAUAAAUGCUUUUACGUCAGUGCAUCACAUGCACAGCCUGUGUCUUAAGUACAUUUAUUGUUGUGAAGGAUAAUGCAUAUAUUAAUUUCUAUUAGUUACAUGUGGGUUUCCAAGCAGCUGUUCAUAAUGGGGAUAUCCAAUAUGUGUGCUCAUGAUUGUGGCUGUGUAGUCAUUGUUUAAACCAUCUUCUUGAUGGCCGUGUCCACAAAGUGUACACUGUUUAUCAGUGAAUUGUAAUCACUACACUUCAUACAUAUUCAUGUUCGAGAGCAGAACUCCCUCUGGUUCAUUUAUUAUCACAUGUCAGUCACUAAUGCUGUUCACCAGGCGCGCACCCAAGGAUCUGCACACAAGUGUUUAUACACUACCUUUAACUUGUUAGGAUUAGUUUACAAUGCAUGCGCUUCAUGAAGCUACAUGUACACGUGCAUGCAUUGCCCUAGCUACCACUUACACAGGAAAAAGUGGCAGCUUACAUUCAUGUUGAUUAGUGCUUUAAAUGAUGCUUGAAAAUGUAAUAGUGAUUGAAUGUGUAUCAGGUAUGGUAAAAUUAACAGAAUGUGGUUUAUUUUGGGUGGACAGUUGAUGAUGUCAACUCCAUGAGGUAUAAGAACUCAACAAACUGGUUCCCUUGGCUGUGCCUCAGGGGUUACUUUGUCAACUUACAAUACCUUGGGGCGCUAGCAUCGACUGUCCACCCUCAAACCAUGUGAUAUUUCUAUACUGUUCCACAUCAACACAGUUUGUACUCUUUAUUAUGAUAUUCAGUAUUUCUAUUUUAUACAGGAUUACAAAUGUAACUCAGUGAUUGUAAUGAAAAAAGAGGAACUGAUUAUUUUGAUAAACAUAUCGUAGUUCUGUCAGAAUUUGUUCUGUUUUGCUGCAGAAAAAAAUCAAAGUUUGCUCACAGAUUACUUCGGUCUGCAAACAGCAGAAUGUCACCCAGUGGUGCCCCCAAUCCAGAAAGACUAAACUUCAGUUCCUUAUCGUAUUUAUGCAGCAAAAAUGACUGCCAACUGUCAUACAUGUGUCAAAUUGACUUUUCGGUUCCUUCAUGAGCAUUAUGAAGACCAAUGGCAUCAGCCUAUCAGCUUAAACAAAUACUACAAUGUUGAAAUACAAGAUGAUAAUUAACAAAUACACUUCAGUAGAACUAUGUAACACAUCAUUUCCAGCUUGUCCUUUUCCAAGUAUGCAUACAGAGUAACAAGUGAACCAGGACCUGGGCAUUACAUGCACAUGAUACAUACCCGUGUAACUCAAGUUGUAACCAGUGCAUAUGGUGUGCUACAGUGAUGUAACAUUGUUGCAGUGCUGUUGAUAUAGACAGAGCAUAUCAACCACAGUUUUCCCCGUUAUGGCAUAUUGUAAGGGGAAAUAUUGAGGUAAUGAAUAUACUUUACUUGAAUGGGUAUUUGAAUUUAGAGUAUGGCUGGUCUAGCAUUCCUGUAUCAGCAAAGCGUUGCCAUGGUGAGACAGUGGAGAAAACAUAAGGGAGUGUAUUGAAAUUGCCUUGAAAGCCAAAGCCACACACGCAGAAAUAGCAAAAUUUGUUCCAUGCGAAACUAAAGCUUUGGUCAUUUUUUAAACUUGUCCGUUCUUGGUUCAAAGACCUUCAUGGAUUAAGAAAAAAAAUGUAGUCUUUGCCAAAAAUUACUAAGGCCUAUGCUCUUUGCAAACCGUUAAACUUGAUAGAUUUCAUA